UGCAAUGUGGUGUGGAGCGGGGGAAAUCUCGCGAUUGUUGGCGUUAUUAGAGAGAGUUGGUGAAGAUGGCGCCUGUUGUGACAGGGAAGUUUGGGGAGCUCCCUCAGCCAAAGCGUUUAACAAGAGAGGCGAUGCGUAACUACUUGAAGGAGAGAGGAGAUCAGACAGUGCUCAUACUGCAUGCAAAAGUCGCACAGAAGUCCUACGGCAAUGAAAAAAGAUUCUUCUGUCCUCCACCAUGUGUGUACCUUAUGGGUUGUGGCUGGAAGAAAAAGAAGGAACAGAUGGAGAGAGAGGGCUGCUCGGAGCAAGAGUCUCAGCCUUGUGCUUUCAUCGGCAUUGGAAACAGUGAACAAGAAAUGCAGCAGCUCAACUUGGAGGGCAAGAAUUUUUGCACAGCAAAAACUUUGUACAUUUCGGACUCGGACAAACGUAAGCACUUCAUGUUGUCAGUGAAAAUGUUUUACGGGAAUAGCGCAGAUAUCGGUGUCUUCCUCAGCAAACGAAUCAAGGUCAUCUCCAAACCUUCCAAAAAGAAGCAGUCAUUGAAGAAUGCAGACCUAUGCAUAGCUUCUGGGACGAAGGUGGCUCUCUUCAACCGCUUGCGGUCUCAGACUGUCAGUACGCGGUACCUUCACGUGGAAGGGGGAAACUUUCAUGCUAGUUCACAACAGUGGGGAGCCUUCUACAUUCACCUAUUGGAUGAUGAUGAGUCAGAGGGAGAAGAGUUUACAGUCAGAGACGGUUACAUCCAUUAUGGUCAGACGGUGAAGCUGGUGUGCUCUGUGACAGGCAUGGCUCUACCCCGAUUGGUUAUUCGUAAAGUGGACAAGCAGACCGCACUAAUGGAUGCCGACGAUCCUGUGUCCCAACUACAUAAAUGUGCCUUCUACCUUAAAGAUACAGAGAGGAUGUACCUCUGCCUGUCACAGGAGAGGAUAAUUCAGUUCCAGGCCACACCCUGUCCCAAAGAAACAAACAAAGAAAUGAUCAACGAUGGGGCGUCAUGGACAAUCAUCAGCACAGACAAAGCAGAGUACACUUUCUAUGAGGGCAUGGGCCCUGUACCCUCACCUGUCACACCUGUUCCUGUUGUUGAGAGUUUACAGCUGAAUGGAGGAGGAGAUGUUGCCAUGCUGGAACUGACAGGACAGAACUUCACGCCUAACCUCAGAGUCUGGUUCGGAGAUGUGGAGGCAGACACUAUGUACAGGUGUGGCGAAAGCGUGCUCUGCGUGGUUCCUGACAUCUCUGCGUUCCGCGAAGGGUGGCGCUGGGUUCGGCAGCCGGUGCAGGUUCCUGUGACUUUGGUCCGUAAUGACGGCAUCAUCUACUCCACGGCUUUGACAUUUACCUACACGCCGGAGCCGGGACCGCGUCCUCACUGCAGCGCUGCGGGAGCCAUUCUGCGGGCCAACAGCAACUCCUCCACCUCCCCAUCUUCAUCCUCCAGCCUACUGCUGCAGUCAGCUGUCGACAGCCAGGCAGGAUACGCAGCAGGCAGCGUGUCGUCAUCUUCCUCUUCUUCAGCUAUGUCCGUCUCCUAACCUGGGAAUCUUGGUGCGCGUUUGCGUGUGCGAGUAAGUGAACCUUUGUGAGAGAUGGCGAUUCAUCAGUUUGUAGACUUCCUGCGUAGAUUCAUGGGAUACUGAUCACAAAAACGGUGCCACAGAGAGAGAAGCAAAGGAGAGAAAAGACUUCACUCAAAGACUGGACAAAACAAAUGAAGGCAUCUCUUUUCUUUUCUCUCUCUUUGUUGCGGUUCUCGUUAAAUCUGUUUCCUCAUGUCAGAGGAAGUGGCAACAGAAGUGAUGUGUGCCGUGGAUCAAGAUGCCACAGGAUCAAUGCAUUGCCUUACAUGAAAACAAAAAAACAAUCAGUCAAAAAAAACAACAACACAAACAAACAAAAAAAAACACCUCUUCAACACAAAGCCUUUUCUAAGUAAGUGCAGGACAGAAAUGGCUUUGCGGGAUGUUGUUUUCUACUAAAGGGCUUAAUGCACUGUUUCGCCAGGCUUGGAAGAAAAGUUAUCAUAGUAAUAUAGUUUUUACGGACCAAGGAAUAUUAUUAUUAUUAUUAUUAUUUUUAUUGAUAUAUAAUUUUAUAAGCUUUAGCUAAGGUACAUUUUUCACCUUUUUAAGUUUUAUAACAUAUAGUAAACUUUUGUUACCAAAUAGUUUUGUAUAUUUCUUAUGAGCAUUUGGGCUCAGAAGGAAGAGGUUUGUGUGUUUUGAAAGCCUGAACUUAUAGCUGCCUUUACCCGUCUUGGCAAAUGCCUUAAGUCUUCUGGAGUUUCACCAGAUCCUUGUCUCUUUUGUAAUGUUUUGGUCAUGUAUAGUAGUCUUUUUUUUUUUUUUUUUCUUCCCCCAUUCUUUUUUUUUUUUCACUAAACAGGUGUAAUAUUGUUGCCAUUAUUUGGGAGAAGGUGACUCUUCUGCUUUGUUAAACUUUUCUCAUAUGAUGUCUUUAACACAAAAGCUUUAACUGACUUUGCUGGUAGGCCUUAUGUGCCAUAUUCUACUCAACAGAUACACAUAGCCAUUGAUCUGGCCCUUUUCAUUGGCUAUAUAGAUGUUCAAACUCCCAGCAUAAAAAUAUCCCACACCAAAUGGAUUACCUUUAGUUGAACAUAAGCGCACAAAAUCCUUUUGUUGCUCUGUUUGGGGGGUCAGCGAUUUCUAAUUAAUUGGUUUAUUCAAAUCCUGUGGUAGGGAAGGACUGUACCGGUCACGUUUGCAUAUCAUUCAUGCUUUCAGUGUCAUAGUAUCAUACUAAAAUCAUUGUGUAGGAAAAUUGCUGCUUUGUUGUCAUGUGGUUGAACCAUAUAGAGAAGGGAUUGUGGGGAUUCUGUAAGUACAGUUACAAGUAGCCCUGUCUGUUUUUGUCAAGGAAUGAAUGAAAGUUUGGACUCUUUGUGCUUCUAGAAAGGCGUGUGCAAAAUUACUUCUUUUCAGAACAAGCCAAUUAGUGGUUUACCUGACUGACUAGUUAGGGCCCGAGCACAGAUGGUGCGAGGACCCUCUUGGAAUUGCUCCGUUUAUUGACUAAUUGGUCUUGUAAAGCCUUGUAAUUUGGUUGUUUUCUCGUUCACCUUACUCUGAUCAGACGUUUUUCUUAGGAGUUUACAUAAGGUGCACUUGUGUUUGAAAACAGCUAAAUGGAGCACAAUCGGAACAAUUUUUAAUUUAUGUAGGUAACCACUUUAUUAAAUGUGACAUUUAGUUAAAAACAACACUCAUACUGGGAUGCUCAAAUGGAUUUUUUUUUUUUAAACGUGAAUGGUGGUUGUACAAAAAAUUUAGAUGAACUAGUCAUCCUCACUAAUUGACUAGUUUGUCUUUGCUUGUAGUCAACUAGCAUAUCGGUGUGAAUCUGAAUGGAAAUAACCGCGAAAAGCACUUAUCGCAUUCCUGCGUGAAGAUGUUUGGCUUGUAGGGUACGGACAACAGAAUCUUAUCCUACCGUUCAUAUGUUUUGAUUUAUGAAACCGCAGAAGUGACACGGCCUUAAUGUACAUAAAAAAUGACCCCUAUUAAAUUGACAAUGUUUAGUACCAAAUGUUCUCUUCUGUAAUAGCUGUAUCAAAAAGUAAACUAAAAAUGAGGCCUUAAACCACUACUGCUUAUUUACUGGAUCUGGUGGUAAGAUAUUACACUACAAAUUAUGCUCUCUUUUUUUAAAAAGGGCAUGAUUUUUUUUAUACCCUUUUCAAUGUCACAGGAAAAAGUCGAUCUCAAAUCUGCUUUCUGUGGAUCUUUUGUUUCUUCUUGUUGUCCUGUUUAAAUAUCCCACCCCCAUCCAAGUCUAUGUGCAUCAUUUGAACAGAGAAGAAGAGACACCCGUGAAAUAGUUUGCUCUGGAAUUUGCUUUCAAUCGGUAUGGAUUGCAUUUUGUUACUGUUUGGGAUUUGUAUAGGAACAGAAGUGGUUCCUCAAUGGUUUUGGUUUUUAAUUUAUCAGUUUCUUCCAUGGCUAAUAUUAAUAUAUGAGUUUGUCUAAAAAUUAUAUUGAUCAUUUUAUAUAAUUUUUUUAUUGUAUAAUGGUAUGAAAUUAUAAUAAUGGUUAUGUUAAAAUUUCAAAAUUUCUUCCAUGAUUGAGGGAAAAUUACUGUCUUUUGUAUGUCACUUUUAAAAUCUUUUUUUAAACGGUCAGGCCUUGAGAAAUAAAAGCCAAAACCCAGUAGUUCUUGCAAAGCCAUUAACUUGUAUCUAUUGUGAGCUAUUUCAUUCAAUUCCUCAAUCAGGGAAGAAUGUUAAACCAUAUCAUCACGUGGAAGUGCCGAAAUGGAAACUGCCAAAUCUAAAGGUCAAAUUGUGAAAGAAACACAACCUUUCCAUGUAUGUCUUCAGUGUUAUUUUUUUUGUCUUGUAUCCCGCUGUCUUCCAGAGUGUUCGAAUCAGAGGAUCUGAAUGGUUAAUUUCAAGACUAACCAUGUUGACUUUCAUUUUCAUUAUCACGUAAGUUAGUUGCCUGUCACAUGUGCCACUGUGCUUACAUUGAGCAGAAACUAGUGUUUUAGAUCACUGUUAUCUUUGUUGGUUUUGUCUGUAGAAAAAAAGGACGAGAAUUUGUUUUCUCAACCGUUUAAUGGAUUGUUUUACAUUUUGGAAGUUACCAGCAUUUGCCAACUGGCUACCAGCCAUUCUGGUUUUGAGUGCAUGCUCUAGCAGAUUUGAACUGUAUUGGUGCUGUCUAACUCCUAAAGGGCCAGUGUAUCUAUUGCUGUUGGAAUGGAUCACUAAACACUG